AUGUAUGCAGCAGUUAAUGCUGGUGGAGAACGCAAACGUCUGCUAAACAUUGCAAUGCAACUGCGUAAAUGCUGUAAUCACCCUUAUCUCUUCCAGGGUGCAGAGCCUGGCCCACCAUAUACCACAGGAGAUCACCUCAUAACAAAUGCUGGUAAGAUGGUUCUCUUGGAUAAAUUGCUUCCUAAGUUGAAGGAACGUGAUUCGAGGGUUCUUAUAUUUUCUCAGAUGACAAGACUUUUGGAUAUUCUUGAGGAUUAUUUAAUGUAUCGUGGUUAUCUAUAUUGCCGAAUCGAUGGAAACACUGGUGGUGAUGAACGAGACGCCUCCAUAGAAGCCUACAACAAGCCAGGAAGCGAGAAAUUUGUUUUCUUGUUAUCUACUAGAGCAGGAGGGCUUGGUAUCAAUCUUGCUACUGCAGAUGUUGUGAUUCUUUAUGAUAGUGACUGGAACCCGCAAGUCGACUUGCAAGCCCAGGAUCGUGCCCAUAGGAUCGGUCAAAAGAAAGAAGUUCAAGUGUUUCGAUUCUGCACUGAGUCUGCUAUUGAGGAGAAAGUAAUUGAGAGAGCGUACAAGAAGUUGGCGCUUGAUGCUCUGGUUAUUCAACAAGGACGACUGGCAGAGCAGAAAACUGUCAAUAAGGAUGAGUUGCUUCAAAUGGUAAGAUAUGGUGCUGAGAUGGUGUUCAGCUCUAAAGAUAGCACAAUCACAGACGAGGAUAUCGAUAGAAUCAUUGCGAAAGGAGAGGAGGCUACAGCUGAACUUGAUGCCAAGAUGAAGAAAUUUACAGAAGAUGCUAUACAGUUUAAAAUGGAUGACAGUGCUGACUUCUAUGAUUUUGAUGAUGACGAAAAGGAUGAGAACAAGCUUGAUUUUAAAAAGAUUGUGAGCGACAACUGGAAUGAUCCACCAAAGCGGGAGAGAAAGCGCAACUACUCUGAAUCUGAAUACUUUAAGCAAACAUUGCGACAAGGUGCUCCAGCUAAACCUAAAGAGCCUAGAAUUCCGCGCAUGCCCCAGUUGCACGAUUUCCAGUUCUUUAACACUCAGAGAUUGACCGAGUUGUAUGAAAAGGAAGUACGCUAUCUCAUGCAAACACAUCAGAAAAAUCAGCUGAAAGACACAGUUGAUGUAGAAGAACCAGAAGGUGGAGAUCCCUUAACCGCUGAAGAAGUAGAAGAAAAGGAGAGUUUAUUGGAGGAGGGUUUCUCAACAUGGAGCAGAAGAGACUUCAAUAGUUUUCUCAGGGCGUGUGAGAAGUAUGGCCGCAACGAUAUCAAAAGCAUUGCCUCCGAGAUGGAAGGUAAAACAGAGGAAGAAGUUGAAAGAUACGCCCAAGUAUUCAAAGAGCGAUACAAGGAGCUGAACGACUACGACAGGAUCCUUAAGAACAUUGAGAGGGGAGAGGCAAGAAUCUCCAGGAAAGAUGAAAUCAUGAAAGCCAUAGGGAAGAAACUGGACCGCUACAGAAACCCUUGGCUGGAACUCAAGAUUCAAUACGGUCAGAACAAAGGGAAGCUGUACAAUGAGGAGUGCGAUCGUUUCAUGAUCUGCAUGGUCAACAAACUUGGGUAUGGGAACUGGGACGAGCUAAAGGCAGCAUUCAGAACUUCACCUCUGUUCAGGUUUGACUGGUUUGUGAAAUCUCGCACGAGUCAGGAACUCGCUAGAAGAUGCGACACUCUGAUUCGACUGAUUGAAAAGGAGAACCAAGAGUUUGAUGAGAGAGAGAGGCAAGCCCGUAAAGAGAAGAAGCUCGCAAAGAGUGCAACACCAUCAAAGCGACCUUUAGGAAGGCAACAAAGUGAGAGUCCUUCAUCGUUGAAGAAGCGGAAGCAUCUGAGAUGAUUAUCUGAGCUCAGAAUCGAAGUCACGUGAAUAAGGCCAUUUAUUAGCAGUAACCGUUGUUUACAAGGACAGAAAAAAAACAAGAGAUAUGGCCGUAUGAGAGAGAGAAUCUAUUAAUAUAUGGACAAAUGGUAAAUGACAGAAGCUUUGGUUUGGUCUCUCUGCUUCUAUCAAAUCUCAGACCCCAAAAAAUAAUCUUCUUUUCUCUUUUCUUAAUGUUGUUUUAGUUCAUGAAGAAUCAGAGGAUGUUUUCCUCUCUUGUUUCUAUUUUAACUUGAAGAAGCCUUAGCUUCUA